AUGUUACAAAGGAUCAGAGAUGCUGUUACUAUAGCCAAUAAUCCAACGUCAGAUGCAGAGACUAAGAAACAAGCAUUAGAAUUCCUAACACAGGCUAAAUCGGAUGCCAAUGCAGCCCAAUUAUUCUCGUCUCUUUUGAAUGAUGGUGCAACCGAUGAUUUAACUAAAUUUGUAGCUCUUCAAGUGCUAAACGAUAUAGUUACGGAGUCCUCCAAUAAUACUUCACAACAAUCCUUGAUUUAUAUAAAGGAUGUCGUGGUGGAGCUACUACGAAACAAAGUGACUAAUAACAUUCGAAAUCCAGAAUAUUUUAGAAAUAAAGUAGCCGAACUAGUUACAGGAUUGUUCUAUGCCAUGUAUGGUGACGUCAAUAAUAACCAUUGGGUUUCAUUUUUCCAAGAUAUGAUUUCAUUUCUAUCCAUAGAACCAUUGACAAAAGCGCCAUCACAGGAUUUCUCACAAUUAGGUCUUGAUUAUUUUUUAAGAAUAUGUGGAUUUAUUAACUCAGAAAUUGCAGAUCAAACCUUUGUUAGAUCAAAGGAUAUUCAAUUGAAAAAUAACAAUAUAAAAGAUACCAUGAGACUAAACGAUAUCCAUAGACUGGUCACCAUAUGGCUAAAUAGUUUAAAGACGUUAAUACCGCAGCAGCAACAACAGCAACAGCAAAAUAGUACAAGUUUGGCAGUGUUGGCCUUAUCAUGCAUUGGCUCUUAUAUAUCAUGGAUAGACUUGAGCUUGAUUAUCAAUCCUGAAUAUAUUUCCGUUAUUUGUAACUUCUUAGAUUUCCAUGGUACAAGAAUUGCCUGUGCACAAGCAUUAUGCGAAAUUAUUGCCAAGAAAAUGAAACCAAUGGAAAAAUUGACUCUAUUAAGCAUGUUAAAUCUAACAGAUAAGGUUGCUACAGUGGAACAUGAUGAUUUGGAAGUGUAUGAGCAACUAGCAAAAUUAUCAUCAUCUAUUGGGUUAGAACUUGCAAUCGUAUUAGAUCAGUGCAAUGAUGGAGAACCAACACCAGAAUUACAAGAAGUUGCAAUAGCGGCGGAUCAACAAAUUCUAACUCAAGUGGCACCAUUAGUCUUUAAAUUCAUGUCUCAUGAAUAUGACUCGGUAACUCAGCAAUGUUUUACAUUUAUUUCUCAAUAUUUAUCAUUUUUGAAGAAAGUAUUUGCAUUAGGUGGGAAACCAGGGUCUGCUAUUGCAAUAGUGUCAAGGAAACAGCCGUUGGAUGCACAACAUCAAGAAUUUAUCCUCUCCUUGUUAAAUAUUUGCUUCAAAAAGAUGAGAAUCGAUGAAUCAUCUGAUGAAGAUGCAGAUGAUGAAAUAGAAGAAUUCAUGGAAACAAUAAGAUCCAAGUUGAAAAUUUUUCAAGAUAGUAUUGCUGUAAUCAAUCCAACAUUAUAUUUAGAAAAUUUGUCAAACCAUAUUCAAACAUGUUUAGGAUGUCCUGAUUGGCGUGAUUUGGAAUUAGGUAUCUACCAAAUGCAUAAUCUAAGUGAAAGUAUAAGAAAUAAUCUUUUCGGUCUCAACAAAAAUGAAAUUUCAACUUCCCAACCUGCAAUGGUUAUGAGUAAAUUUAUGGGUAUAUUAUUACAAAAUUCUGCAGUAUUCCAAAUGGAUAAUCAAUAUGUCGAAAUUCUUUUUUUUGAAUUAGUAGUCAGACAUAAUUCAUAUUUGUCGGGCGAAAAAGAUGAAAUAGCCCUUUUGAAUAUCUUUUGUAGUAAUUUCGGGAUGUUUAACAAGAGAGAAAAAGUAAGGCUAAGAACAUGGUAUUUAUUUUCAAGAUUAUUGAAGACUACCAAGCCGAAAUUCCAUGUUUCAAUACUUUCUGAGAUUAUAGCUAAGAUCAGUCCGUUAUUACCAAUUAAAGUUACAAGUGUUAAUGCUGAUGGUUCCGAAGAUGACACAACGUUUGAUAAUCAAUUGUACUUAUUUGAAGGUGUUGGUUUGCUAAUAGGAGCAAAUUGUGAUUCAAAUUAUGAUCUCCUUGACCAAGUUUUGACACCAUUAUUUACCGAAUUGGAAAGUUGUAUCUCAGCACAAUCACAGGCACCAGAGGUAAUUUUACAGUGCCAUCAUAUAUUAAUGGCAAUUGGUACGCUGGCAAGAGGUGUUCAUGGUGGACUAGUUCCUGAAAAUCAGGUCAACAAUGCUCUGGUCUCAAAGAAAUUGAUUGAAAGGUCUUUGAUCGAAAAAUUCUCCAACAUAGCAGAAGUAGUACUGGUAACUUUCUCAUAUUUCAAUAAGCAUGAGAACAUUAGAGACGCAUCAAGGUUUACAUUUUCUCGUUUAAUUCCAAUACUAAAUAAUGAAAUGGUUCCCUUUGGUAACAAGCUAAUUGCAUUGUUCCUAGAAUCAGAUCUUAAAAUGUUAGAAAUGAACGAUUUCUUGGGUUUCCUAGGGCAAAUGAUACAUAUGUUUCGCAAAGAUGAAGGCUGUUAUCAAUUAUUUAACAAUCUUUUAACUCCAGUUGUUUCAAAGCUACUUGUGGUUUUAGAGGGAAUCGAAAAUGAAAGGACCAAAGAGGCGGAUAGUUGGUAUACUAAUUCUAAUCGGGAAAAUGGUAAGAAUUUGGUCUUGACUGACUCAUUCAGAGACACGAUUAUACUUAAAAAGGCAUAUUAUGCAUUUCUCCAAUCAUUUAUUACAAAUUCUGUCACGUCACUGUUGCUAACGGAAAAGAAUAGACAAAUACUGCCUACAAUUCUAACAGAAUUAUUAACCUAUAGUCCCCAAGAGGUGCAAGAAACAUCUGCUAUGAAAUUGGCGCUUAAUGUGUUAGUAAAUUUCGUAAAAUUUUUUGGUUCCGGUAAAUGCACAGAUCCUAACGAUGUUCAUGCAGCUAAUAUCGAGAGACUAGAUGGCCUAAAUGAAUUCUUCAUAUCAAGAAGUAUUCCUUUGGUGUUUGAAAUUCCUUUUAAACCUGAAUAUAAGUUCAAUGUCAAAGAAGGGAGCUUUCGAAUUGUAGCAACAGAUCUUUCUCGUCUUUUAAGAGAAGUAUACCUACAAAGUGGAGGAGGUUCUGAUAUAAAUUCUAAUCCGUGUUUAGCAUAUAUGGUCAACGUGUACCUUCCACAGAUACAAUUCCCACAACAAUUAAUUGUUGAGCUCGUCGAGACAUUAAUCACGUCGGACCAAAAGGCAUUCGAGAAAUAUUAUAUUAAUCUAAUCACUAAACUUUCUUCCUGA